UACGAUUUCUGUCGUUUUUUUCAUUUUUUUUUUUUUUUGCGCUUUUUGUGUUAUUUUUGGGUCUUCGACGGGUGAUUUGCAUAAUCUCUGGCCGCGGCGCCACAGCCAUUGGCCUCCUCCACCAUCGCCAAUCAGCAGAGAGCUCCAGCCCGGCCCCAUGUGCAUAUAUAAAAAGUGGACCCAUCCGAAUUUCGGUUGUCAGUUAAUGCCCAUCAAACGAAUCAAUUCCAGGCACAGUCAUGAGCAGCGCGUCGCUUAAGUUCUAUCUGCUAUGUCUGCUCGUUAUCUGCGUGAUCGGUUGGAGUGCAGGAAUGCCAAGUUCGGAACUUACGCGUGAGGAAUUGGAGGAGCGGUAUCGACAAACUCCGCCGGUGCCCGAUGAACGAGAUGCCGAUGCCGAAGUGGAUAAUGCCUACGAUCGGUUUACACCCAGGCCCAGAAGUCCACACAUAGAAGGCUAAGCCCACCCAACUGCAAUCGAUUUCUGUUCUAUUUGCAGUGCCACUUAUUAUGUCGCGCAUUCAGGGUUAUGGCUAUGUAGUUCUAAGCUUAGGCGAA